AUGGGAGGCUGGGCAGACGACCAGGAAGCCAACACGACACUUCAGCUCGCCAAGGACGCGGUCAAGAACCUACAACUUGACAUGGACAUGGACGAAGCCUUUGUGCCGGGCAUACGCAGAGGGUAUCUGGUGGUGCCCUAUGGACCCAGGAAUCGGGAAUCGGAUGGCAACAUGCAUGGACGCCUCACCUCGGCAAUCCAGAAAGUAAGGAAAGCCCACCAAGCCACAGGAGCGCUGAACCCAGACGGCCAACCAAAACACUUAUGGUUGGCCUACUCCCAGACCCCGGAGCGGAGAAAGAGAGCACGCUACGCGGGCAAGGUGAAGCGACUGCUACUCGAACAAGGGGCCGAGAAGGAGGACCUGCAGGUCGAGUUCGCAACCGGCACGUUGUGGUACAAAGGACGGCGCAUUGCCAGUGCAACCGCGCCGGCACCACAGGGGCAAGCAACGACAAAAUCAGCGCUAGGCUGGCUCGACUCGGAAGCGGUGGCAAACUAUACGAACAAGAGUAAGGACGCAAUCGUUGCGGCGUGGCAUGUCCUAUUCGACCCCCUCAUGCAGCAGUGA